AUGAAUUAUGAAAUAUCGAAAGAAUUUAUUACGUUGUUAUCUGAUCAAAACAAUCAGUUCCAAGUCCAACAUCAACAACAAUCUAAUAAUUUUUAUCACUACAAUCAUAUUUCGCAAUCUCGUCAAUCUCAAUUGACCACCAGAAAUUCUACGCCAAAUCUUCAUUCUACUAUUGAUCCUAAUAAAAUUAAUAAUGGCAACAUUAACUCUAGUAAUUCUCUGUCACCAUCAUCAACGUUAUCAAAUCAAACACAUCAUAAAGGCCAUUCACGUAAAAGAUCGUUAUCAGCUCCUACUGCACCUCUUCCAUCAUCAGAAAUACAAGAUAUUCCAAUUCAACGAAAUCCAAAACAUUCGUCACAAUCAUCACAACCACCAAUGUCUUCCGAGGAAUAUCAACGUAAACUGAAUGAAGAAUUGGAAAAAGUUGACUUUAAUGACAUUACUGUCAGUGAACUUAAAGAUUUGUUAAGACAACGUAAUAAACCUGCUACUGGCAAAAAAGCUAUUCUUAUGAAAAGACUUCAAGAAGAAAUCAAAUUGCAACAGCAACAACCAUAUCAACCAAUGACUACAUCUCCAACAAUUACUAAUAAUGGAAUGCUCAAUUAUUAUGAUGUAAUGACAAGUAAUAAUACUAUGACAAGUGAUUGUUUUUCUUCAUUAUUACAACAACUAAAUAUUCAUGAUCCUAACAAUGCAAUUUCUCACCAAGGUCUUUUCUUUCAAGAUCAUCCAAUGUCUGCUCCUGCUACUAAAACAGAAUUCUUUGUUUCUUUAGGAGAUAAUAAUGUCAUUACUGCUGACAAUGAUGAUGAUAUUGUUAUUAAGGAUGAAGAAAUGAGUAAUGUAAAUAAUCCUGGUAGUGUUACUGCUAUAAUUGAUUAUGAUGUUUACCAUCAACAACCUUCAUCUGCUCCUCCAAUGAUGACAGAAUUCAAUAAUAAUUAUGAGUUUAUAAAUCAUCAAAUACACAAUAAAUCUUCAUUGUCAAUUAUGGAUGAUGGUAAUGAUGACAGCCAAAUGAUGAUGUCUGAUGAUCCCACUUCAUCUGCAUCAACAACCUCACUAUUAAAUGAUCAAUUAGUAGCUAAUGGAAUAAAAUCUUUUACUAUUUCCCAGACUUUAACUCAACAACCAAUGCAGAUUGGAGACAUUUGUCAUUUUUGUAUCAAUUGGCAUGGUUGGGAGAUAUAG